AUCUCCUUUGACUAAAUAGCUGGAGAUAUCUAACAACCUCUGUUCUCCAUUUUACCAGUGUUCCGAAUGGGAGGGGCUAUCUACAGUCAUCGCAACUGAUUAUAAUUCAAACGCCCCAACAGUUUAAACACACCAACGGAGGAGGUUCAUUUGAUAUCAGAUUACAACUCUUGUUGCUCUGGUUUCUUUGAGAGAGAGAGAGCACUUGAAAGGGGUAGAGCAAUGGCCGGUGGAGGAUUUGUUGAAGAUGGUGGAGCAAGGGCUCAUCUCUAUGAGUACAGGAUCACUGGGUAUUUCAUCUUUGCUUGCAUUGUUGCUGCUCUUGGAGGAUCUCUUUUUGGCUAUGAUCUUGGUGUCUCUGGUGGGGUGACCUCCAUGGAUGAUUUCUUGAAGGAAUUCUUCCCCAAAGUGUAUCGAAGGAAACAAGCACAUCUCAAAGAAACAGAUUACUGUAAAUAUGACAAUCAGGUCCUAACUCUCUUUACAUCCUCUCUAUACUUGGCGGCUCUUUUCUCCACUUUUGGGGCUUCAUAUGUAACCAGAAAUAAAGGCAGGAGAGCUAGCAUCAUUUGUGGAUCCAUCAGUUUCUUUGCAGGAGCAAUCCUUAAUGCUUUUGCUCAGAAUAUCGCGAUGCUCAUCAUUGGGCGAAUGCUCCUUGGCGUUGGCAUUGGAUUUGGCAACCAAGCAGUUCCUUUGUAUCUUUCAGAAAUGGCACCUGCAAAGGUCAGAGGAGCGGUUAAUCAGCUGUUUCAACUUACAACCUGUUUGGGGAUCUUCAUAGCCAACUUCAUAAACUAUGGUGCCGACAAGAUUCAUCCAUGGGGAUGGAGAUUAUCCCUUGGUUUAGCCACAGUUCCAGCAACUCUUAUGUUUGUUGGUGGACUUUUUCUUCCAGAGACACCCAACAGUCUAGUAGAACAAGGCAGAUUAGACGAAGGAAGGAAAGUGUUGGAGAAAGUUAGAGGUACCACAAAAGUUGAUGCAGAAUUUGCUGAUCUUAUUGAGGCAAGCAAAGCAGCACAAGCCAUAAAGCACCCAUUCAGGAACCUGUUUGCACGGAAGAACCGUCCCCAGUUGGUAAUUGGAGGUUUGAUCCCAGCAUUCCAACAGCUCACUGGCAUGAACUCGAUUCUGUUCUAUGCCCCGGUCAUAUUUCAGAGCUUGGGCUUCGGUUCAGGGGCAUCUCUGUAUUCAUCCACCAUAACAAGUGGAACGCUUGUUUUGGCUACCUUCGUCUCAAUGGGUCUUGUUGACAAGUUAGGAAGAAGACUGCUCUUUCUGGAAGCUGGUUUUGAAAUGAUUGUCUGCAUGGUGAUAGUGGCCAUAACUCUGGCUGUGAACUUUGGCAAAGGAGAAUCACUCUCAAAAGGAAUUGGUGUCUUACUUGUUAUUGUAAUCUGCUUCUUCGUUUUCGCUUAUGGAAGGUCUUGGGGACCUCUGGGAUGGCUAGUUCCAAGUGAAAUCUUCCCUUUAGAAACAAGAUCAGCUGGCCAAAGCAUGGUGGUCUGCAACAACAUGAUCUUCACAGCCCUCAUUGCGCAGUGCUUCCUCGCGUCUCUCUGUCACCUCAAAUAUGGCAUUUUCUUGCUUUUCGCAGCCUUAAUUGUGAUCAUGAGCACCUUCAUCGCUUGCCUCUUGCCUGAAACGAAGCAGGUCCCGAUCGAGGAGAUACAUUUGCUGUGGCAGAAGCACUGGUACUGGAAGAGAUUCUGCGAGCCUGAGGAAAACGGACACGAAUUGGAUGGGAAAUCCGGGCAGAAUGACUAGGAUUUAACACAAAACAGAAAGGGAACAAUAUGAACUUGUAUUUUGAUUCUUGCUUAUUAUAGAAUAUAACAUGGAAAUUCUUAAUCCCAAAGGGGGGGAUAUUUUUAUUCUAGUUUUAUGAAUUAUGGAAUUCAUAUCUACUCAGUUCUUAAGUAACAACAAUUAAAUAUCUGCCAGUAAUCUACUAGUUUUAUUGCCUGACAAUGUUUGGAGGCUAAUGACACUACCAUGGUAAGAAAAGGAUAAU